GUAAUUUCACUCACCCAUUUGUGGAAUAUAGUCAUGGAUCUAUUAAUAAUAUAGUGUAAACGAGAAGAUGCAGUUGCUGUAGUGGGUUCUGUCUACAUCGUGAAAAAAAAACAACUAAGGCCUACCUGAAUAGGCCUCUAUGCCCCAGCUAGGGUACAGUGUGUGAGACAACCAUUAACACCCUCCUCGCUGCACUGCCGCUCCGAAGCUUGGCCCUUGACAACAUUGGCAUCUGAAAUCGAUCAACACGUCUUGAUGCUAAGCUGCAAAAAUGAAUCCUCGGGCCAGUGAGCAAAGUCCAGCAGAGGGUCCAAGGCUGCUCCAUUAAUCCUGCUGGAGAGCAUUUAGAAGGGGGGUUUCCAUGUAAGAAAGACACCCUGGAACAACAUGGACCACAAUUAAAGCACAGGCCCACUGUGCUUCAAAGCUGGGGUGAAUCUAUGGAAAACUACUGUUCUUUCAUCACUGCACAAACCCAUAACAAAAGCACUGCCACCAGGUCUGGCCAAGCCCAUGGGGUUGGUGGAGGGUCCCGGAGGUUUGGGGCAAGGUGGAGCUGCUGCCACUCUGGGGGAAGACAGUCGUGACGCGGAGGGCAAGUACGAGGAGUAUGGGUACAACGCUCAACUCAGCGACCGCAUCUCUCUGGACAGGAGCAUUCCCGACUACAGGCCCAAGAAGUGUAAGCAGCUGACGUACCCCGAGGACCUGCCUCAGAUCUCCGUGGUGUUCAUCUUUGUGAAUGAGGCUCUGUCUGUGAUUCUGCGCUCCGUCCACAGUGUCGUCAACCACACACCUGCUCACCUGCUCAAAGAGAUCAUCCUGGUCGAUGACAACAGUGACAGUGUUGAGCUGAAGUUCAACCUGGACCAGUACGUGAACAAGCGUUACCCGGGUUUGGUGAAGAUUGUGAGGAAUAGCAAACGUGAGGGUCUGAUCAGGGCUAGGAUCCAUGGCUGGAAUGCUGCUACAGCUGCUGUAGUCGGCUUCUUCGAUGCUCACGUUGAGUUCAACACCGGCUGGGCUGAACCUAUCCUGACCCGAAUGAAGGAAGACCACACACGCAUCAUCCUGCCCGCCAUCGACAACAUCAAAUACAACACAUUUGAGGUCCAGCAGUACGCCAACGCCGCCCACGGCUACAACUGGGGCCUGUGGUGCAUGUACAUCAUACCCCCACAGGAGUGGCUGGACAAGGGCGAUGAGACUGCCCCCAUCAGAACUCCUGCUAUGAUCGGCUGCUCUUUUGUGGUGGAUCGGGAAUACUUUGGGCAGAUCGGACUACUGGACCCCGGGAUGGAGGUGUACGGCGGAGAGAACAUCGAGCUAGGGAUGAGGGUGUGGCAGUGUGGAGGCAGUAUGGAGGUCCUGCCCUGUGCCCGAGUGGCCCACAUCGAACGCACGAAGAAGCCCUACAACAAUGACAUCGAUUACUACGCCAAACGCAACGCCCUGAGAGCUGCCGAGGUGUGGAUGGAUGAAUACAAAUCUCACGUCUACAUGGCCUGGAACAUUCCCAUGAACAACCCAGGUGUGGAUUUCGGAGAUGUGUCAGAGCGCCUGGCCCUGAGGAAGAAGCUGCAGUGUCGGAGUUUCCGCUGGUACCUGGAACACGUCUACCCCGAGAUGAGAAUCUACAACAACACUAUCACAUACGGAGAGGUGAGGAACAGCAAAGCCAGUGGGUACUGUCUGGAUCAAGGCUCAGAGGAUGAUGACAAAGCAAUCCUCUACCCCUGCCAUGGGAUGUCAUCACAGUUGGCGCGGUACUCCACUGAGGGCCUCCUGCAGUUGGGGCCCCUGGGCUCCACCACCUUCCUCCCUGAUACCAAAUGUUUGAUCGACGACGGCAGAGGACGAACCCCCAGUCUCAAGAAGUGUGAGGCCGUGUCCAGGAGCUCACAGCGCCUCUGGGACUUCACACAGAACGGCCCCAUCAUCAGCAGGGACACUGGCCGGUGCUUGGAGGUGGAAAUGUCCAAAGACGCCAACUUCGGCCUGCGCCUGGUGGUCCAACGCUGUUCAGGCCAGAAGUGGAUGAUCCGAAACUGGAUUAAACACCCACGGCACUGAUGAGCUCAUGUGCGCUACCGGGACACUGCUGGGGGCUUCAUGUUCAUGCAGGUGGAUUGCAAACUGCGGGGGUCCAGCUUCUGUUAGCGCAUUAGAUUGUGGUAUCUCUUUCCACUCGCGCACUAAGCUACCCUCAGGCCAUGGAGGGAGCGCUAACACAUCUUAAGAAGCAUUUGGAGCUCUAGCUAGGGCUCAAACUACUGCGUCGACUGACCCAUAGCUUUGACUUUAAGCUACAUGUAUAAAAUAAUACGACGCGUGUGCAGCUUCUGAGAAUGGGUCGCAGAGAUUGUCAAUUUUCUAUUUUAAAACAAGAAGGAGUGUGUCAGUGUGCGUGUGUGUGUUAUUUUUGAAGUGAAAUUGAAAAAAGGUGUAGCUGUCGAUCGCCAUAUCAAAGUGAUUAUUUUGGGCUAUGAUUUGGAAAAUGGCUUUGGACGUAUUGCGCUGCCCUGGUGAAGAACUGUAAUGGGUUUCAAAGGGGCUUGUUGUCUGUUGAAGAUAUCUGAUGGUGGAGAUGUUCAAACAGACGCCCACACACACCAGACUCCAGCUCAGUGUUACUCUGGACAGUAUUGCUCACUCAGACAAGAGCAAUCGAGUGCCUUUUCCUCAUCUUUCUGCUCCAUCAGACCGGGGAAUGUGA